UCCACAAACAGUUUUUUUGUAAAUAUGAUAUGAAAAGCCUGAACUGUCGGGUUAAAUCAUUACCUUUUUAUUGAUUUAGAGAGUUUAUAAAAUAAUUGAUGAGUUAAUUUAUGUCUAUUAAGUGGUUGACCAUCACUUCUCUCAAGGUUCAGUUGGUAUAUCUUCUUUGGUUCACCAAUUACGUAUUUUCAAUAUAUGUCCCUUGUGAAAAUCUAGACCUUGAUUUCUUGGAAUGUGAAGCGCCUUUGGAUCUCAAAGGUAAUAAAACUGCUUAUGAUGAAUUGAAAUUUGGUUGCUUAAAAUUUGGUGGUCAAAAUUAUGAUGAGGUCAAUCGAACAAAAGUAAACUGUACUGUUUUACCUGGUAUUGAAUGCAUUGGCAGUAGAACUUUCAUGAAAGACGGAUUUCCCUGUAUAAAAUAUACUGGACACUAUUUUGUUACUACUUUGCUUUACUCCAUUUUAUUGGGAUUUCUUGGAAUGGAUCGAUUCUGUUUAGGCCAUACGGGAACUGCUGUCGGUAAAUUACUUACCUUAGGAGGAGCUGGUAUCUGGUGGAUCAUUGAUGUAAUCUUACUUUGUACAGGACACUUAAUGCCAGAAGACAACAGUAAUUGGAUGCCUUAUACCUAAUUCAUGUAGAAAUUGUACAGUUUCAGGCCUUGUCCUUUUCGCUCAUCUUGUUUAUAUUUUUCAAUUUUUACCGACUAACUCAAGCAAAUUGAAAAUGUGUCAUUGUUGAUACAAUCAUCUCAUUUCUAUUGGUUUGGAAAUCAAAUUGUGAAACGUUGACUUCCUAAAGGUACAACAUUGAAGAUUAAUUAAAGAGUUUUGUAUAUCUUAAAA